UUUUCCAAUAAUUGAUUUUCAAUCUCUUUUUAAUUUUUCAAUGUGAGAUCGCAUAUGAGUUGUUUUUCUAACAAUUUUGCAAAGAGUCGUACUCAAUUUGAGCUUAUCAAGUCAAUUUCAACCUACUCAAAUUACAUAAGAGUAAAACCCCUUAUACUGCAUAUCACUACAUUUUUUGUUUUCCUCUACUAAAAACACCCACCAAAAAAAAACCCAAAAAUGGGGGAUUCUCCAAAUUACCAUGUAGUUCCACCAUCAUUCAACGAGCAACAAACAAACAAUCAGUACAAUCUAAGCAUGCUCUACUGCGGAUUCUUCGUAGUGGCGACUGCAGGACUCAUACUCGCAAUCUACCACUGCGUAGCUAUGCAUUGGUGUGGCGAUCAUCCAUCUAUUUGGGUCAGACCCACUGAAACCGCUGCAUCGAAUCAGCGGUUUCAUGGUCAGAAUAAAGUCAUAAAUCAGUUUGAUUCGAUUGUUUUUAGGUACAAAAAGAGUGAAGAACAAAAAGGUAGUAAUAACGGUAUAGAUAGUGAAGAUUGUGUAGUAUGUUUAUGUGGGUUUGAAGAAGGGGAAGAUAUAAGAAAAUUGGUUAGAUGUAAGCACAGUUUUCACGCUCAGUGUAUUGAUAUGUGGCUUUAUUCACAUUUUGAUUGUCCGCUGUGUCGUGCACCUGUUGCUACUCUUGCACGGUCCAAUUGUUCAGGUUCAGGUUUUUAUGGUUCUGCUAAUCCUGUGUAAUUUGUAAAAAGAAAUAUUAAAAUGUUUUUUUUUUCAA